AUAAGUAAAUUCAGAUUUAGAUAGUUCCGACCAAAAAACUUGCUGUUGAAUGAAACCGACGCGGUUGCAGCGAAGGGCAAGUGUUGGAAGAGAGUGGCAUUCCCCAUGAAAGUGCUUAGCAAUUUCUCGAUAGCUUAUGUCCCACUCUUUCUCAAGACUCCAACAGCAAAAAUCAAUCAUUUCUUAUGCAAACUUAAAAGGAGCUUGUUUAAACUCUGCUUGUGAGUUGUGACUGCAGUGCCCCAAACUCUCUUAGAAGCCAAGCGGAAAGGGGGCAAGCAUUCCUUUGCAAAUGGUGUCACUGUCACUGGGCGUAUCUUUCUCAGGAUUGCUCCAUUUUAUGCUCGAUCAUUUCGCGGAAAGUGUUGUUUUGAUCCUUUCGCAAUUGAUAGCUUCCGAUGUGUUUGAAAUCCGGAGUUUCAAUUCUCUGAAGCAGCUUCUUAGAGAAAUUCCACCUAUGAAGAUGAUAGAAGAACUAGCUUCAUCUGAGAUGGAAUUAGAUCGAGAACUGAAGAAAUACAAGGCAGCAAGCAGUAGAAGUGAGCGUGCAAGAAAGAUUGAUGUCUCAGCAGACUCUAUCAAGAAACAAGAGAACUUGUUUUUCAGUUUCCAGAACGAAGGGGCUUCUUCGAGUUCAAAACAGGCACAGAAUCAAUCUGGAGUGAUAGUAAGUAAUCCAAGAAAAAUGGUUUGCAGCAAAUUCUGUGAAGGUGAGGCGGCUUUGCAGGCUAGUGAAGCUGAAGACCUGAAUACAAGAUUGAAGAGACUCGAGGAAGAAAGUGAAGUUAUGAAGCAAGCAUUCUUAGAGACAGUGGUGGAAAGGAAAAACUAAUUAAUGAAAUCUGUAAGCUGUUUGAGACACUGCACUACACCAUCCUUAAUAAGGAUAUAGAAGAUGGCUAUGGAUCUUUGGUCAUCAAACCUUCUCCAGUUUGAGCCCUGGAUGUUAAGGAGUAAAAUUUCAUAGCAUUGAACCCCACACAUAACCCAGCUGGUUCAAGCAACCAUCAUUAAGAAGUAUUAUCCUAUAAAGUCAAAUCCCGGCAUUUACAACCCCCAAGGUCUAUUCUCCAUUGUACCAAAAAAGAGUAUUUUCACAAUGAGCAAU